AUGGUCAAACUGACAUUCUACAGCCUCUCCUUGGCUAUAGGGAUCACAACAACCUUUGCACAAAAUGAUAUCCUCGCAGAGACCUUCAACAACACCCUCAGCAACACAGAACUCGGUCUCGCAGCAAUAACAACCACCAACCGAACGGAAUUCAACGCCUGUCAAACCAUUCAAAAAAUAAUCAACAAUGCCUCCUCCUCCUUCGACGUCGUAUUCCUCCCCUUCACCCCCAACAGCCAUCACUACAUGACCACCUCCUCCCAACCUUCCGCAUGCAUCUACACCCCCAAAACCCCCCAAGAUCUCGCCACAGCCAUGAAAAUCCUCGGACAAGGCCGCAUCAGAUUCGCCAUUUCCUGCUCCGGCCACGCUUCCAACCAAGGUUUCUCCUCCACCCCCGGCGUACACAUUUCCCUGAAAAAUUUCCAAGACGUCGUCGUUUCCCCCGAUAAUGCUUACGUGGAUAUUGGAGGCGGGAUUUCCUGGGCGGACGUCUAUAAGAAAUUGGAUUCUUCCACCGUGAAUGUUGUGGGGGGAAGGGUUCCGGGGCCUGGGAUUGGGGGGUUUAUUACGGGUGGGGGAGGGUUUAGUUGGUUGACGAAUCAAUAUGGUUUGACGGGUGAUACGUUGAUUUCGGUGGAUAUGGUGCUUCCUAAUGGGACUUUGACGAGGGCUUCGGAGGGGGUGAAUGAGGAGUUGUUUUGGGCUGUUAAAGGGGGUGGGAAUAGUUUUGGGGUUGUUUACAAUUUCAGACUCCUCGCCGUCCCCCGCCCCCCAAAAAUCUACGCCGACACAAAAUUCAUAACCCACAUGAGCACAGCCGAAUUCACAGCCGCAAUAGCAAAUUUCAGCGCCUCAAACCACGACCCCAAAGCCCAAAUCAUCCCAACAAUAAACUCCCUCCUCGGAGGAGCAAUCCCCACCAACAUCCUCCUAGCCUACUACGACGGAAUCCCCUCCUACGACCCCUUUAGCAUGUUCAACGUCGGCAGUCUCAAAGAACAAUCUUUCAAUGAUUUUGUCCAGAGUCUCGGAGUUUCAAACUUACAAGCUAAUCAACGCGGAGCAUUCAAUACUCUUUCCCUACAAGCUUUCACGCCUGGGGUAAUGGAUCAAAUUGCCAACCAGACGAAAUUCUGGGGUGGACAAUCUCUUUUGCAUUCGGGGACUUUUAUAAGUUUUGACGUGGAGCCUUUUUUGGCAUAUUCGCAAUUCGCGAAAAGUGCGGCGUGGGAGCAUGGGGAUAAUGCGCUGCCGUUGUUUUUAUUUUUUUCUUGGGAAAAUGUUAAGGAAGAUGAGUUUUGGCGGGAGGCGAUGUUGGAGAGUUGUAGGGUUAUUGCUGAGACGGCAAAGGGGGAGGGACAGGAUGUUGAUGGGUUGUUGUUGUAUCCGAAUUAUGCUAUGAAGAUGGGGAAUCGGGUUGAGAGGUUGUUUGGGGGGAAUUUGGGGAGGAUUGAGGAGGUUAGGAGGAGGAUUGAUCCGGAUGAUGUUAUGCUUUUGACCGAGUACUUUAGAUUUUAG